ACAACCGUCCUUGUUCGAGAAAGUCUCCGGAAGCGUCUCCAACGCCAAGCGGCAGGCCUAGAAGCGACGAAAGCAAUAAGAGCUCUUCAACGGUUAACGCCAUUCCUUCCCUUCUCUCCUUUUCUCCACGAAAGCGGCUCAAUCGAAACAAAAAUCUCCGGUUCCUCCGAUUUUCCAGAACUUUGCAAUACCCUCUUCUUACUAACGAAAUGGCGGAGGACUACACCUCAGCGGCAGUGGACGAUCCGACGAGUUCCUCCUCUGCGGGUGAUCCUCCAAAAAACAGCGGCACAGCGGCCAAGUCAAAACAGAGGAUCGGAGUAGUGGCCCGCAUCUGGAAGGGGAUCUUCGGUGGAGGAAGCGAUGACUACGAGAAGAGGUUGAGUUACCUCUCCAAGGAGGAGGCGUCCGUCCAUGCCAGGAUGAAACGGAGGGCUUUAAGGUCUCGCAGGACGGCGAGGAAUAUUAUAGUCUUGUCCUUUUUUGUUGAGGUAAUUGCAGUGACUUAUGCUAUCAUGACAACAAGAUCACUGGACCUGGAGUGGAAGAUGAGGGCUCUAAGGGUGUUACCUAUGUUUGCCUUACCUGUCAUAUCAAUUCUUGUAUAUUCAGCAUUGACAAACCUCACAAGAAUGU